UCCAUCCUGCGAGUCGCAGGCAGCAGUUUGGCGUGUUUUUGCUGGAAGUCGUUUGAAUUUGAGGGUCAGAUGGCCGCAGGGUGUGAUCGGUACCAGAGAGUGUGUUUGUCAGAGACUCAGCUGGACUUCCCGGGACAGCCGUACUCUGUGUCCGUCCUUAAAGUUGGUUACUGCGUCCCUCAGUCUGAUGGGUCGUUUAGAGCCGACGGGACUAUCACCCUCAUAAGGGGCGUCAUGGACAUUCUGGUGGACACCGGGGGCCCGUGGGACCGGGAGUUCCUCCUCCAGUCACUAAAGCGAAGAGGCCUGGAGCCCGGGGACAUACAGCUGGUGGUGGGGACUCACGGACAUUCAGAUCACAUUGGAAAUCUGAAUCUCUUCCCUUCUGCAUUGACUAUAGUGGGAUAUGAUAUCAGUGAGGGGGACAUUUACCGUCCCAACCAGCUGGCAGAGGGACAUGUCUACUCAGUGGAUGAUCAUGUGUGUGUCGUUCCCACCCCGGGCCACACAGGACAAGACGUCAGCGUCCAGGUGGAGGGGACAUCUGUUGGGACUGUCCUCGUUGCAGGGGACUUAUUUGAGUGCUGGUCUGAUGACAACAGCUGGAAGGAUUUGAGUAUGAACAGUGCAGUGCAGGAAGUCAGUCGACAGAAGGCUCUGAAUUCUGCUGAUGUCAUCAUACCGGGCCAUGGACUUCCUUUCAGAGUUCUCAGAACCUGAUUAUAUCAAAAUGAUGUGUUGAUGUCGCUUGGCUUAUUUACAUCUUAUCUAGGAGCGUCAUGUAUUAUUAUCCCACUGCCAGAGCUUUAUUGAGUUAAUUCAGUCUAAGUUAAUGCUGAGUAAUCCUACUGAUUAGCACAUGUUCGCACACGAGGAGUGAUCUUUCCACUUUAUGUUUAUGAUUGGUAAAAGUACACUAUUUUCAAAGUUUGAUGUUUUGAACUCCUUUGAAAAUUUCUUCAUAUGUGCUACCUGAAAAUAAACAUUAUUUCCAUCAACCUUUUGAAAGGUUACUGCAAUUCUGUGAACGUUGAUGGUUGGCAAACAUGACAUGGUAAGCUGAGUCUGAACGAAUGGCCAGAUGAUUGAUUAAAAUAUGAAUGUCAUGCUACCAAAAAUUCUUAAUCGAUUUCUAGUACGAAUGUGGGGCAUCACUGUGUUUCUUUGUGAAUAAAUAAAAUUAUGGUUUUAAUUCUGAGGUCAGA